GUGUCAGUAAGGCUCCCCUCUAUCUAAGUCCUGAAGGAACAGAGCAUGCUUUUUUUACCAACGAAAGCUUUUUUAUCACCUGUUAUGCUAUCGAAGACAGCAGUGCAACCAGAUUGACGUGGCAAGCACCAUCUGGCAAAGACAUUACAGUCAGUGAAGGAAGAGUAUACGUAGCACCAGUGGCUCACAAUUCUCACGGUUUAGAAUUAGUAGUGGAAGAAGUAAGGAGAAAAGAUGCAGGAAGGUACACAUGUUCGGCGAUCGUGGACGGACAGGAAGUAACAACACACUUUAACUUACAAGUAUAUCGUUCUAUAAGUUUCGCUCACACUCCUCCAGUACAAUUAGCUCCAGAAGGAAGUAACUUCACAGUAUUUUGCAAUGUCAAAGCGGAGCCACGACCCAUCAUGUCGUGGUAUUUCAGGUCGCGGCUGUUGACACCCGGUAUAAAAUAUCAGAUAACCGAAGAUGGAUUAGUUAUCCACAGAAUAACAAGAGAAGAUAGUGGAAAUUACACAUGUAGAGCUAUAGUUGUUGCUCCUAGAAAUUCUCAGAUCAAAGAAAUAACAAUAGUUGUCCAAGUACAAUAUAGUCCUCAUUGGAAAAGGCCUCAUAUGCGUAGGGGUUAUAGCAGUAUUGGAUUAUCUACAAAUCUUACCUGUGAAGCCAGAGCCAAUCCAGCACCUAGUUUCGAAUGGUUAAAAGAUGGAGAAAUACUUAAAAAUCAUAAUAUAUAUAAAACAUUCCACGAAGAUGAUAGGAGUGUCUUACAGAUUAAGGUACACAAUGCUUCUAUGUUUGGUGAAUAUCUUUGUCGAGUGUCAAACGUCUUAGGAGUUAAAGAAAGGACGAUAGUUUUAGAGCAAGGAGUUAAACCUCCUCCACCGAAGAUCUCAGUAAUCGCAGAAGAUCCAGGGAUGCUUAUACUAUACCUGAAUGACCCAUUAGAGAGGGAUGAUAAUCUUAGGCUCUUAGGUUAUCGUGUAGAGUAUAAACAACUUUCUGAAGCUUGGCCCGAUGCAAACAGUCAAGAAUUUGGGGUUGCAAGUAAAUAUAUCCUGAGGAAUUUAGUGUACAAUACGGACUAUGUCAUACGAGUGGCUGCAAGGAAUGCUGCAGGUUUUGGUAAAUAUUCAACAGAAGUUAUUCAAAGAACUCGAGGAUUAUUAGCAGAUCCGGUUAUAGACAACAAUGGAGCACCAAAUUUACAUUCAGCUCUGAUAUAUAUGAUACUUUUGUUACUUGGAAAAUGUGCAAUGUGAUGAUGAGUAUCCUAACAUCCGUGGGAUGCUGCAAAGAUAUCAGCUCACACCAGAGCCACUUCUAUGUAAGUGUUGUGUGUGAAAAGCCUGCCUGAUUCAUCAAUUAGCAUCUAUAUAAAAACAAAAAAUACACAAAAAACAUGCUAAUAUACGACCAUGGAAGAACAUAUCCUUUAUCUAGAACUAUUUACAUAGCUGAUGGCAAUUCCAAAAUUAUAUAUAUAUAUAUAAAUAUAUAUAAAAAUACCAGCAUCUUUGUCGAAGGUAUCUAAAAAACACACAAAAAAAUCUUUUUCUGAUUAUUUGUCAGAAAAAAAUGUGCUUUUUCUAAUGUUUAUAACGAGAAAUCAAAGAUUAUAUGUCGUUCGUUUGUCUCCUAAGUUAGAUCAAACUACAGUUUGUUAGAUAUAUGACUUAUUUUUAUUUAUUUUUUACUAAUAAUUGUAACAACUCAGAAGAAGUCUGAUGCCAAAUUUGGUGCUUACAAAAGAGGGAAGCGGUAAUCUUUUUUUUUUUUUUCAUUUUUAAGUUGAAAAAAAUUACAUUGUAUGGAGUUACAAAUUGAGCUCAGAAGUAUUGUGAUAGCCUCCAUCUAUCAUUUAUCAUACACAUAUAUACAAGUAUGUAUAUAUAUGUGCGUGUAAAUGUGAUCGAUGCUAAAAAUGAAUAAAAAAAAGUAUACAUGAUAAUGAGAAAUGUAGAGAAGAAUCUAGAAGGCAACAUUAUUUUUUUGAAUUGUUAAAAAUAAUAUGGAAGAUAUAUGCUUAAAAUCGGAUGAUGCAAAUGAAGAAUCGCUAUUCUUGGAUAAAUCUCUAGAAAUGAUACAAGAAACGACAAGAAAUUGUAGUAAAAAUUAUUUAUGAAUCUACAUAUUUUUCUAUUUAAUUAUUUUAAUAAAUAUUUAAAUUUUAUUUCACAAAAUGGCACGAUUUACCUUUAACGCAAGACGU